AUUCACACACAUCAAGUGCAAGAGCAUCUGAAUGUGUGGCAUCUUCUCAAGUGAUGAAAGAACAGUAUUCAGUUACGGCAGAUUCGGUAGCCAGUGCAUCUGUUUUAUUUAUUGGACCUCCAGGUAAUGGAGUUGAAGAAGCAGUAAACUUGGCAGCCUCUGAUCUGGGUUUAGAAGUCCUUUGGGUGGAUUGCUGGCAUUUAAAAGGGGACACAAGUGGAACAACCGAAGCACGUGUUCGCCAGGUGUUUGUACGAGCAUCAAUGAAUGGCCAUUGUAUUCUUGCUCUGAAAGAUGUUCAUUGCAUUGCAAAGGAUAAUGAUGGAAAUGAUGAUGGUCGUGUGGUAGGAGCUUUGAAAGAAGAAAUGGUUAAACUACAACAGUCAGAUGUUGUUGUAGUGGGUACAACCCCUCAGCGAUCUUUGGUCUCAGCUGAUUUGUGGAGUGUGUGGAGCCACCAAGAAAUUGUUGAGGUACCAGACCUUUCUCAGCGAAGUUUGAUGUUUGAUUGGAUCUUCUCACUGCCAGAGCCGAAGGAUAAGAUGAGAAUUUUAGCGCAACGCACAGCUGGAUACAUUUUUGGAGAUUUUCAGGCUCUGUAUGUUGCAGCUCAAAGCCUAGGACUUCAGAACACUGGUUAUUUAGCUGUCAUUAGGAAGUCAAAAGUACAGGAAGAUAGAGUCAAAAUGGCCAAAGAAAACCUGAUGGAAACGGGUAUUGGUCACUCCUAG